AUGGCCAUUGACAGUCUUCCUGGAAACCAAUUUUGGGAAAGAAUCUUACUUAUUUUUGUUCCCCAUAGUCGAAGAUACAAGGUUCUUGAAAGGGUUCACGCUUCUUUUGUUGAAUCUGUGCCAUAUAGAACCAUUUUCAUGUUCACGAUCUUCCAGAUUGUUUAUUUCCUUACGUGUUUUGGUGUGACAUGGAUACCUAUCGCUGGCAUUCUCUUCCCUGUUCCAUUCUUCCUUCUCAUCACAAUACGACAACACAUUCUACCAAAGCUGUUUCACCCUUAUCAUUUGAGUGGACUGGAUGCAACCGAGUAUGAGGAAAUCGUGGGUGGUCCAUCACGACAUACCAACUUUAAUCUUAGGUUGAUAGCGAACGAUGAAGAUGAAGUGACAUUGUGUGAUGCUGAAAUAUUAGAUGAAAUGACUACAAAUAGAGGCGAGAUCAAGAUUCAAAAUCUUAGCUUCAACGAAGAUAAACGAACCCAGGAAUAUGGAACUCAUAUUAUUUCCACUGUUCCAAUUGUACCAUAUAUCUUUGAGUAUUCAGACGUGAGCAAAGUAGAGGUUCAAAAUCCAGGUGCUUUCACUGCAAACCCUAAAAUCCAUAUGGUAACUUCUUGGGAACCUACAAUAUUGGCAACAAUUAUUAUCCCAAAAAUUAGAGAAAUGAAACUUCUAUCAGAAGCUGCAAAGGAGUGCAACAUGAUUUUGGACAUAGUUGAAUCAGCAUUACCUAACCGUAGAACAUUUCAACCAUUUGGAUUAUUUACAGCUCGGGCUGAUAUGCAAGGGUCUACCCCAAUAAUAGUAUUCCAUGACAACUAA